AUGAAUUCGAUCAUGCCCAUGGAAAUGCAACUGCAAUUGCAUCAACAGAUGCUCUUCCGCGAGCAGCAAAUCACACUUCGCAGGCACAGACCAGAAGAUCUACCGAAUUCGAACACGUGGAGAAUACCUGCUCCUGGAAGAGGACCUCUUCUUCCCGAGGUGAGGGUUGAACUACAAAAUCGGGAGCUCUGGCAGCAAUUCCACGCCGAAACGACGGAAAUGAUAAUUACGAAGACGGGCCGACGAAUGUUUCCAUCGAUUCAGCUGUCUGUCACUGGAUUGGAGUGUCGUGCUAGCUACUACGUUCUUCUCGAAGUGGAACCGGCGUCCGAUCGUCGACACAAGUAUGUUGGCGGCGGUGCAGGCGUCGACGAUGGUCCUAGGAACGCAAGAGGAUGGACGUCGGCUGGUCCAGCCGAGCCUCAGCCUCGAAUCGAUCGGAGAAUUUACCUGCAUCCGGAUAGUCCGGCGCCAGGUUCCCACUGGAUGCAACAUCCUAUCAGUUUCAAUAAGCUCAAGCUGACCAACAACGCCGUUGAUCCCAAAACUAACGUGGUCCUGACGUCCAUGCACAAGUAUAAUCCGCGAAUCUGGAUCAUUCGUUGCGACGACGCGACAAGACUGAACGAUCUAUACUCCCAUCCAGCCUCGUCGUUCAGAUUCAGCGAAACGGAGUUCAUUGCCGUGACCGCUUAUCAGAACGAGAAUAUUACGAAAUUGAAGAUCAACUACAAUCCGUUCGCGAAAGGUUUCCGGGAGACGGGUCAGUCGCGGUGCAAGAGGAAAUUCCAUCAAACGGAAAUGGAGAGAUCGAGUCGUAUCGACGACGAGGAGGGCAACGUGUCCUCGGAAUUUGAAUCGAACAGGGCAUCGAGUCACCUGGACAUCGUCGCUCAGAGGCCAAAGACUGCGUCCAGCGAAACCGGGAGUCUCGACGACAGCGGUGUCAGUAGCUGCGGGGGUGUCAGUCCACCCUUACCCUCGAUACAUAGGAAUUCACCAUCGAGAGAAAUCGAUCGCGACACGCAGCCACGAUUGCACAGGCCGUGGGUCGAUUCGUCGCCAAAGUUUUCGUCUGCUGCCGUAUCUUCGAGACUAUCGCCCGGAUACGAUCUUCUAAAUUUUCCUGUGAAUUACCUGCGUCUGCAACAUCCUUCUAUCACCAUGCAACCUGAUUUGAUAAGGUUGCAAUAUCAACCGUUGCCACAGUUCUCGAAGUAUUAUUAA